GAGAGCAGUAGAGAAGAGUAGAGGAACAUCUGGCCCAACAGAUUACAACUCACAAGCUGCUCCAACAUGGAAGACUCCCUGGACUACACAUGGGAUCUCUUCUCUGAUCCAGGUUUGUUCAACAUGACGGCUGCUAACACAAGCUCUGUUCUGACGGCCAUCGUGUCGCCGUUGAUGGAUAAAACCAUCAACCUGCUUCUGAUAAUCGCCGUUUUCAUCACCAUGGUUUCACUGGGAUGCACCAUGGAGGUGUCCAAGAUCAAGAGACACAUAGUGAAACCUAAAGGGGUGGCCAUAGCAGUGCUGGCACAGUAUGGGGUCAUGCCUCUUACAGCAUUUUGCCUAGCUAAGGCGUUCCAGCUGGAGGAAAUGACGGCGGUGGUGAUUCUGAUCUGUGGCUGCUGUCCUGGAGGAAACCUCUCCAACCUCCUGACUCUGGCUCUGAAGGGAGACAUGAACCUCAGCAUUGUGAUGACGUCCUGCUCCACGGUCCUGGCUUUAGGCAUGAUGCCUCUGCUGCUCUUCCUCUACUGUCAGGGCUUCAACCUGCAGAACUCCGUGCCCUACGUUGAAAUCAUCAUAUCGCUGGUCAUGAUCCUCGUACCCUGCGGCAUCGGCAUCCUCAUCAACUACUACAGGCCGCAGUACGCCAAGACCAUCACAAAGGUGGGCAUCACUUUCAUGAUGAUUGCUGUGCUGGGUAUCGGCAUCAUUUCCAGCUUUGCGAUCGGAGGUUCAAUCCUGACGGUGCUGUCUCCUCCCCUCAUUGCCAUCAGCGCUCUCAUGCCCCUCAUAGGCUACGCCUUUGGAUACAUCAUCUCCUGGCUCUUCGGACUCAACCAAUCGGAGAGGAGGACCGUCGCUAUGGAAACAGGCUGUCAGAACAUCCAGCUGUGCUCCACCAUCCUGAAGCUGGCCUUUCCCCCGGAGCUGGUCGGCCCUCUGUUCCUGUUCCCCAUAGUCUACCUGUCCUUACAGCUGAUGGAGGCGGCGGUGCUCAUCGUGCUGUUCAGGUUACACCUAAGAUUCACGUUCAAAGAGAAAGAGAAGUACCAGCCAGCCAUGACUGAGGAGAAGUCAAAAGAGGCCUCUGAGGGGACUGUAUGAUGGAUGCAUCUUCAUUUUAUUUCUACUAAUGUGAACUCUUUGUGACUAAAGCGUCUCCAGCCUGCAGUUCACUAAAAGGCUACUGCGACACUAGAAACAAAUUAUGUAUAACUGCAGGACGGCCAUUUUGAGCCAAGUCCCUUUCUGAGAUUGUGAUUAUUUAUGUGUAACCUGAAAUUAACUUUGUAUAUUUUUCAUUAAAAAGCACUGAUGAACCAAAGAUCAAUGAUUUAGUUAAAACUGCUUUAUUGAUUCAGUCCGCCGUAUUCCUACAUCAUAGAAAUGUCCAUAUUUUUCACUGAAAAUAAAAUCCAUACGUACAAAAAUGUUGCAUUUUUUUUUUUCGAACUCUUGUCUACACGUUCAUUUAAACCACAGUAACAUCAGACAGUACCAACACGCAUUCUUGGAAUUACAUUAUACACUUAUGUAAAACAAAAGUCAGCAAUGCUGUACACAAAACCCUAAACCAAAAGAAAAAAAAUGUACAAUGCUAGAAUAAACUGCAUUCUCUACGCAGCAUCAUUUCAAAGUGUUGACCUUAUCCUCAAAGUAGCUUUACAUCUCCCAAGAAAAUAAAAGUUAACAGCCAACGGCAAGAAGAGUCGGAUCCAUCACAUUAACAGUUACAGCUGUUUAACUGCUGGGACGAUGUUCUAGACACUUCCAAUGCCAAUAAUACAACUCGAAACGUUGAUCAAACAAAAAAAAAAGAUAAUCACAUGCAGGCAUCCUCAGGUCUAGAAAUCACACAACAUCAGUCGUAGCUACAGUAGGUCAGAAUACGGGAAAAAAUGAGGCAAGGACAAAAAAAAAAAAAAAAAGUGGAAA